AAACUAUCCUAAACGCACAACUAGCCCCGCCAUUCCCAAACUAUGUCCGCUUCCAUAUCCACUCAAGAACUUCAAGGUUUGCUUGGAGAAUUCUACUCUAGAAGGUUGCUGCUUCCCACGCCACCGUUUCAAACACCGUCAGCGGCAGCUCCACCGCACCCAGAAACCCACCGCAAUUCUUCGGAUCCAUACACCAGUAACAACAGCUUCGAUGCCAACUUUGUUAUGGUUCUAUCAGUCCUCUUGUGUGCACUUAUUUGCUCACUAGGACUCAAUUCCAUCAUCAGGUGUGCACUAAGGUGCGCCCGUUUAGUAGCUUCGGAAUCCACCGCCUCCACCGCCUCGGGUCGGUUACCAAACAGAGGGGUCAAGCGUAAGGCCUUGAAGACUUUUCCGACAGUGAUCUACUCCGCCGAUUUGAAUCUCCCCAGUUUGGACUCGGAGUGCGUCAUAUGUCUGUCGGAUUUCACGACAGGUGACCGUGUGCGGCUUCUACCGAAGUGCAACCACGGGUUCCACGUUAAGUGCAUUGAUAAGUGGCUAAGCUCCCACUCGUCUUGCCCCAAAUGCAGGCACUGCCUCGUCGAGACGUGCCAGAAGAUCGUCGGGUGUAGCCAGGCAAGCUCGUCGCAGCCGCCGGCGGUGCAAGAAACCGUUGUGAGCAUACCGCCGGUUGAUCGUGAAGGUUUGAUGCAUAGUUAUAGGUGAAUCAGCUUAUUUGAUUUUUGGUUUUUUACUGUAUCAUAUGCAA